UUUAUUAAUUUAAACAGAGAAAUGAACACUGCAAAAGAGUACAUAACUCUCGAUGGCAAUUCACUGACAACAAGCGCCCUGCUUCAAUUGGGAAAAGGCGAAUACCUUCUCAAGAUUUCAGAUGAUGCCUUGGAAAGAGUAAGGAAAUCACGUGAUCUAUUGAAUGACAUUGUAGCAAAGAAUCAAGUUGCGUAUGGCGUCACCACAGGAUUUGGCAACUUUGCCCGGACCAUUAUUCCUCCAAAUCAACUUGCAGAAUUACAGGAAAAUUUGAUCAGAUCCCAUUCUGCAGGUGUUGGUGAGUCUAUAACACUUGAAAGAAUCAGGAUGCUGUUGGCCUUGAGGAUUAAUGUUCUUGUUAAAGGAUACAGCGGUAUUUCUCUCGAAAAUCUCAAGAAAUAUGUCGACGCAUUCAAUAAUUCCCUUUUGCCAUGGGUUCCAGAAAAAGGAACUGUUGGGGCAAGUGGAGAUUUGGCGCCCUUAGCUCACCUUGCAUUAGGAAUGAUGGGUGAAGGUAAAAUGUGGAGUCCAAAAACUGGAUGGGCUGAGGCAAAAGAUGUGUUAAAAACUUACAAUCUGCAACCAAUUAAACUUGGUCCAAAAGAGGGACUUGCAUUGAUCAAUGGUGCUCAGUUCAUCACUGCUCUUGGGUCUGAAGCUCUGGAAAGAGCGGAAGCAAUAACUCGCCAAGCUGACAUUGUAGCUGCUGUUAGCUUUGAAGCGUUGAAAGGAACAACAAAAGCAUAUGAUGAAGAUAUUCAUAAAGCUCGACCACAUCUGGGUCAAAUAAAAGUUGCUUCAAGACUUCGUUCCAUUCUACAUUCUGAUCUAUACCCAUCACAGAUUACAGAAAGUGAACUUGCCAAUAACAAGGUUCAAGAUGCCUACACUCUACGUUGCAUUCCACAAGUUCAUGGAGUAGUUAAUGAUACAAAUGCAUUUGUUCGAACUCUCCUUGCCACAGAGCUCAACAGUGCAGGAGACAACCCUAUGGUGUUUGCUGACCGUGGUGAAAUAAUAAGUGGAGGAAAUUUCCAUGGAGAAUACCCAGCUAAGGCAAAUGAUUAUCUUGCAAUUGGAGUUCAUGAAUUGGCGAAUAUAAGUGAAAGACGAAUUGAACGCCUCGUAAAUAAACCUCUUGGGAAUUUGCCUCCUUUCUUGACUGAAAAUGGUGGACUCAAUUCUGGCUUUAUGAUUGCACAUUGCACAGCUGCAGCCCUAGUGUCCGAAAAUAAAGUUCUUUGCCAUCCUGCUUCUGUUGACUCACAGACAACCAGUGCAGGAACUGAAGACCAUGUAUCCAUGGGAGGAUUUGCUGCAAGAAAAGCACUGAAUGUUGUUGAAAAUGUAGAACAAGUUUUAGCUAUUGAACUGUUGGCUGCAUGUCAAGGUCUGGAAUUCCUGAAACCAUUGAAACCUACAAAGCCUAUUGAGGAAGUUUAUAAGCUUGUUCGCAGUGUUGUUGCACCAUGGGACAGAGACCGUUAUAUGGCACCUGAUAUUAAUGCUGCUACCAAGUUGCUGAAAGAAGAAAAGGUGUGGAAUACUGUAAAACCUUACAUGGACAAGUAUGAAAGUUCUCAUCCACAAAAUACAAGUGCUUAAAUGAAACUGAUUCAUUUAUAAUAUGUAUAUCUAUAUAGGUUUGUUAGAACAAACAGAAGAAAUAUAAUUCUAUAAUAUGAGUAUAUACACCCAUUUUUCAUUGAUUUUAAUUGGCUUCUGAGUUUCUUAAUUUUUCGCUUAUUAAAAAUUAUAAAAUAAACUUA